UGUUAACUAACAAUGUUAAUCAUCUUGGCUUUAAUAUGUGCAACACUUUUUUGCAGAGGAUGCAAUGGCUCUGAAUUGGCAGGUCAUGGGACCCCGGUCCAGUUUAUUCUCGAAAGACUGUUUGUAUUAGAAGAAAAAGUCGGUAAAUAUGAAGAGACAAUUCGAUUGCUAGAGAGAAAAUUGGAAAAAAGAGACCGCACGAUCGCUGAACUCAAGCGCAUUGUUCAGAAACAAACUCUGGAUAUUGAGUAUUUGCAAAGAGCUGAUGAAAAUAGACCGAUAUUGAAAAGCAAGAGUAAACCAAACUUAGAACGACAUGACGAAGGUUUGACAAAUAGAAACACAAGGUCCACCUGGUAUCCAAUCAGUGACGCUGUUGCAUUUUAUGCAUACAUGAGGGCAAGUGAAAUUAAUCCAAGCAGACAUCACGUGAUCAUUUUUGACGUAGUUGUCACAAACGAAGGUAACGCGUACAAUCCGAACCUAGGAGCGUUCAUAACCCCCGUGGAUGGUGUUUACGCUUUUAACUGGAACGUUAUUGCUCACGAAAAUAACCAUAUUUUUACCGAAAUAGCUGUUAAUUCACAGAGCAUCGGAAACGCGUUUGCGGACAGUGGUAAUCAUUCUGACGUCAGUUACUCUUCAGUUACCGUAGUAAAAAGAUUAAAUGCAGGCGAUGCUGUCCUGAUCCGCACUCCAGCAGAAUCGAACCUUGCGUCGAGAGGAAGUAUUGUCAGCUUCCACGGAGGCCGGUCUACGUUCAGCGGAUGGAGAAUUUUCUAA